AUGCUACAGGAAAUACUCAGAGACUAUGGAUAUGCUACAGGAGAUGAUCUGAGACCACAAACAUACCAGGAUGCCGCCAUGCAUUUCAUCACAGACAUCGCCAAACUUGGACUGAUUCUUUGCGGCGUGUCCCUGUUCUCCGGAUACGAAGGGAAGCCUGUGACGAGGCGAGCCAUCAGCGAGAUGCAGCUGAUGCACAAUUACGGAGAUUUCCGGCACACCCUCCAGCGCCAGGAGUGGCUCCAGACGAAGAUCCAGAACCUGCACCCCGCGUCGGUCAGCACCCCGCAGGAGUCCACCCCCAAAGUGGCCGAAACCAGGCCGCAGAAACCUCACAAGAAAGAGGGCAAGUCGGUGGAGAACAGGAUCCGGCACGGCUCCCACCAGAACCCGCGGACCGCGGGGAAAAAGGGGCACAGGCACAGCGCCAAACCCAACGUGGACAGCGUGUUCAAGCCAGAUUUCCAGUGACCGAGCGAUCGCUUAGAGGGGGUCUCCAAACUAUGAUCCCCCCCCCCAGUUGUUCAGGAACUACAAUUCCCAUCAUACCUAAGUCAUGUCGGUGAAUGUCAGAGUCUUGCAAUGCCUCAUGGGACGUGUAGUCCCGCAACAGCUGGUGGAUUGUAGUUUAGAGAACCUUUAGACGAUCGGCAACAUAUAAUGCUUCUGUGAGCCGACUCUGAGCUCUGUGUCCUCAUGCAGACUCAGUAUACGCUGUAGAUGUAUAUAGAGGUAGAUAGCUCAUCAGAAGACAUAUAUUCAAAAACAGCAAUGAUACAAUAUGCUGCCACAUGAAUCGUAGAUAGCAGAGACCAAAUGUACCAUGAA